ACCCUCACAACGUUUUGGAACAACAACUCUACGGUGAAUUGACAUAUUCGAGCAACGUCAAUUCGUCAUUAUCGUUUCCAAUCCUUCUCUGGUUCACUGCCAAACACACCUGUCACAAUGUCUGUCGAGAUUACUCCCUCGAAGCAGGCUGCUUCCGCCAUUGAGUCGUUCAACAUCGAGUCGCCUGUCAAGAAGCUUGACUUCAACACCGCCAACAAGGAGAACCACGCCGGUUCCGAGGUGGACUCCCUUGUAAAGCCUAUGGACGAGCAGGCCAAGCCCAUUGCCAUCGAGGCAAAGAGGGAAGAAGGCGACAAGGCAGUCGUGGCUCCGGGAAUCAAGGACUUUGAAGCCGAUGAGCCGCUGCUGAGGGAGAACGGCCAGCGUUUCGUCUUGUUCCCCAUCAAGUAUCACGAGAUUUGGCAAAUGUACAAGAAGGCAGAGGCUUCCUUCUGGACCGCCGAAGAGAUUGAUCUAUCUAAGGAUCUCCACGACUGGAACAACAAGAUCAAUGAUGAUGAAAAGUACUUCAUCUCACACAUCCUUGCCUUCUUUGCCGCUUCAGAUGGCAUUGUCAACGAGAACCUCGUUGAGCGCUUCAGUGCCGAGGUCCAGGUUCCUGAGGCUCGAUGCUUCUACGGCUUCCAGAUUAUGAUGGAGAACAUCCACUCCGAGACUUACUCGCUGCUCAUUGACACCUACAUCAAGGAGCCUGCCCAGAGGACCUAUCUCUUCAAUGCCAUCGAUACCAUUCCCUGCAUUCGCAAGAAGGCUGACUGGGCCUUGACAUGGAUCACCGAUAAGAAGUCUACCUUUGCCACCCGCCUCGUCGCUUUCGCGGUCGUUGAGGGUAUCUUCUUCAGCGGUGCCUUCGCCUCCAUCUUCUGGCUCAAGAAGCGAGGCCUCAUGCCUGGCCUGACUUUCUCCAACGAGCUCAUCUCUCGUGACGAGGGUCUUCACACCGACUUCGCUUGUCUGCUGUUCUCUCACUUGAACAACCGCCCCAGCAAGCAGACUGUCCAAGACAUUGUCACCGAUGCUGUCACUAUCGAGCAGGAGUUCCUGACUGAGGCUCUUCCCUGUGGUCUGCUUGGCAUGAACGCUACUCUCAUGAAGCAGUACAUUGAGUUCGUUGCAGACCGCCUCCUCGUCGCCCUCGGCAACGAGAAGGUUUAUAAGGCUACCAACCCAUUCGACUUCAUGGAGAACAUUUCUCUUGGCGGCAAGACCAACUUCUUCGAGAAGCGUGUCGCUGAUUACCAGAAGGCUGGUGUCAUGGGCAGCACUACCAAGAAGGAAGAGGAAGCGACCGAGGGUAAGGGCGAGAACGGCGGAGACUUCUCCUUCGAUGAUGACUUUUAAGUCAACCCCCCUCGUCUCUUUUGCGUCUUUUCUCUUGAUACCCUUGUAUUAUCUACAACAGAUCGGUACAUGUCACGACGUCCGUGUACUCCUUGAUGGAGCGCGGAUGUCCCAGCGCAUACACGGAGCAAAGCGGCACGCGUCGCGGGCUGGAGGUCAAUUCUCUCGUAGGGUUCGCCUGAGCUGAGCUCUCAUUUCAUAUUUUGUCGGACAUGAACGGCGUUGAGGGGCGGUUUUCGUUUGAUGAGAAGAGCGGCAAGGAGCUCUCGUACUAUUGGAUGGAGGCAACGAUUGGGAGGACAUGAUGACGCUCUUGAAGGAGCAUAUCUUAGGUUAGUGUUUGCAGACCAUGUCUGAUAAUUGAUUUAUGAAAAC